AUGAUUAGUAAAGUGAUUUACUUCGCUGUUUUAGUAGGAGUUGUAACGAGUAAAGAAGAUUUCGGAUUAAAAUAUAUGACGAAGGUUUAUGAAGACUGUCGGAAAUCGGAAGGGAUUUUACCAUGCUUGACAUCUAAAGCAAUCACGUUCUUUGAUAGAGCGGCUAAGAUGGACGCAAUUUCUUUAAUUGAUGGAGUGGAUAUUGUGAAGACUGGACAUGAAAUUAGUGAGAACGAAGUGGAUUCAACGAUACCACGAAAUCUGGAGAACAGUAAAGGGCUCACUGAUGUGCUGUUUGACCGGAUUGCUGCUUUUGUUAAUUCGAGGACAAUUCAGCUGUCACUGCCCAAGAUAUCUGGUCAAGAGUUGAAUAAAGGCGUUGAGGAAGGUCGUGGAAAGAUGAAGAAAAUGAUGGGAAUGAUGAUGAUGGGCGCUGCGAUGAAAAUGGCUGCGAUGAUACCGCUGGCCAUCGCUGGUCUUUUUGUUUUGGCGGGAAAAGCACUCAUUAUUUCUAAGAUCGCAUUACUUCUUGCUGGUAUAAUUGCUUUGAAGAAACUUAUAGCAGCGAAGAAUAGCAGUGGUGGUCACGAGAGUCAAGGCUGGUCUUCGGGAGGCAGCGGAGGCUGGGACCGGAGAUCAUUAGAUGCUUCAGAUUUGGUCUACUCCGCGUAUAAAAGAGUAGGCAAUUAGAGAAGAAGACAUAUAGAUAUUGUGAGAUACGGGAAUUAUGGGUACAAUAAUAAUAUGUUUAAACUAAUAACUAAAGUCAUUUCCUUAUGACUCUAAAUAUAACCAAUGAAGGUUACGUUUAGAUAGUGAAAAUAUGUGGAUAGGAGUAUUCAAAAAUAUAUCGAUAAAACGGUGCUUUUGAAUAAAAUUAUAGCGGAAAUAAAAUGCAAACGAAAUCUCUCUAUUCUGUUUUGGGGUAAUGGGAUUUACAAAAGUCCAUUUGAAAGGCCAGUAGGUAACAGAUUAUAUAAUAUUCUCUUAUAUAAUAUUCUCGAAAUUUAUUAUUUUAGAAUACUUUUUCUGUCAGUUUAAUCACUACCUCCUGAGUGAGAAGAAGAGGCUAGAUCAAUGGAAGCACCUAAAUUCAGCUUAAUUAAUUAAGCUUUAUUAAUUAAAUUAUAUGGUUGCUACAUGUGUUGUAAAAUUUCUUCUCAAGAUGUUUAUUUUCGAACCAAUCUAAUACUGUUAGUGACACGACAGUGAUAUUUGAAUUUCAAAUUUGCAAAGAGGUUUAGUAAUUUGAUUGGAAUUUUGUGAAUGUAUAUAUUUAUAUUAUUUAUAUAAAGCUCUUUCGUGGUCAUAAUUAUAAAAUUUAUAAAACUCUCGUAUGCAUUAUGAACUUUAUUAUAUAAACUCUUUUUUUACUCAAUGGUCCGAAAUUAGUUGGUACCCACUCCGACGAACCGUGAGUAAAGUCAUUUUAAAUAAAUAAUUGUCUUAAUCGUGUUAUGGGGUCGAGUGCUGCCAAAAUUUAAUGUUGUCCUUAAAAAAAUACGAGCUAAAACUCAUCAAAGAUAUUUCAUUCUUAUAAUUUUAGUAUAAUUGUGAAGAUAGUAAUGUAAUACGUCAAAACGACAGCAGCCACUCAAGAACAUUUGACGCGUAAAAAAUGUCAUUAAUACAUUGACAUAUUGUCUCUGUUACUAUGUUAAUCUCAGCGUUAAAUACAUCUACAUGUCCUUGGUACAAUGUUAAUCUCAGCGGUACCCACGUUUCCACACACCACUCUUUUCUGCGACACAUUUAGGAAUACCACUAAUUUAUUACCUUACAACUUAGGAUACAACGUAUAGUUUCUGAAAUAUUAGGUUGCUUAGCUAGACACUGCAGGCUCACUGACCUCUAUGACAUCACUACACAACACUCACUCAUAGCGAUACGCGAUGUUAUGACUUCAGGCAGGCAUUUCGCGCCUUAUGAAUUUUUAAAAUAACGAAAACUAUCAUAUCUUCCAAAUUACUAUACGCUCAUGUUUGUUAAAUUAUUCUAAGAUAGUAAAAGUCAUACCCCCUUAUUCAUAAUAGUCUGCUAACUUAAAGCAUUGCUAAUUCUCACUCUUUCUUCUUCUAUUGACCUAAGUCAGAAUGAGAAAAAACACUCCUAAGCGGCUGUUUAAAGUUAGCGGACCAUUAUGAAUAAGGGGGAUACACUUUAAAUUAGCUUCACCGGUAUUUAUCUAUUUACCGGAUUCUUUCAAUUUGAUAUUCACUUGAUGGCUUCAGAUCUGCCAGCGGGAGGCUCCUUUGCACAGGAUGCCGGCUAGAUAAUGGGUAUCACAACGGCGCCUAUUUCUAUAGUGAAGCAGUAAUGUGUAAGCAUUACUGUGUUUCGGUCUGAAGGGCGCUGUAGCUAGUGAAAUUACUGGGCAAAUGAGACUUAACAUCUUACGUCUCGAGGUGACGAGCGCAAUUGUAGUGCCGCUCAGAAUUUUUGGGUUUUUCAAUAAUCGUGAGCGGCACUACAUUUUAAUGGGCAGGGCGUAUCAAUAACCAUCAGCUGAACGUGCUGCUCAUCUCGUCCCUUAUUUUCAUUUAAAAAAAAAUCCGUCAACAUCCGUAUAACACGUUUACGUUUCGACUGAUUUGAUGAACUGACUAAUAUUCUACAUAAUGUUUGUUAUAAGUUUUGUUUUUAAUUUAUUUAUUUUCGUUUAAGAAUACGUUUUAACAUUUUAUUGCAUGUAUGUUUUUACAUUAUUUAAGUUAUAAAUAUGAAAGGCUCCUGUGAUUCUUUGAAAUUUCAAGAGAGUGUGAGUGAAUCGUAUACUCAAUGCCUUAGAUAAUGUGUUCGUCUAGAUGAUAGGUUCUCAACGUGGGCUAUAACGCCCCCUUGUGGGCGUUUGAGACU